AUGGUCAACCCCGGUCAAUCAAAGCCCAUAUCAUUAUGUGAUCAGAACAACUCGCCCAUUCCCAAACAUGACAUUCCCCAAACAUUGAACUCCUCCUUCUGUUUUGUUUUUACACAAGAACCAGCCGGCGAUCUCCCUGAAUUUCCUUAUUCUGAUCACCCGGCUAUGCGAGACAUAGUCUUUAAUUCUAACGGAGUCCUAAAAGCAAUCGAAGCUUUGAAACUAAGAUCAUCCGCAGGUGUUGACGGCAUCAAUUCAAAGAUACUCAAAAACACAAAAAGUGCCACAAGCGUCCUUUUGUCACACAUUUUUCAGCAAUCUCUCUCAUCUGGAGUUGUACCACUGGACUGGAAGGUGGGCAAGAUCGUUCCUAUACCAAAAAAAGGUCCACCAACCUCAAGCAGCAGUUAUCGUCCUAUUUCCAUCACCAGUGUUUCAUCAAAAUUAAUGAAGCAUAUAAUUUACUCCCAUGUUAUAAAUUUUUUAGUAUCUGUCAAUUUUUUUCAUCCGAGCCAACAUGGUUUCCUAAAAGGAUUUUCUUGUGAAACCCAGCUUGCUCUUUUUACUAACGAUCUAAGUUCAAGUGCUGAUCAUAAC